AUGGAAGAGAAGUCCAGCAGCGAACACUACGAUGCGGUCAAAUCGACAAGCACGCAAACCGAAAAAUCCUGCCAUAUCCUUGGGGCACCAGGUAUAUGGGAGGCUACCCAUGACGACGCCCAAGCUGCAAGUACCCACGAGCACUCCCUCGGUAUCCUCACUGCCCUCAGCUCAUACAAAUGGGCGGUCUUUUGGUCCCUUCUUAUAUCAAUGUCAAUCAUCAUGGAAGGCUACGACACCAUUCUGAUUGGAUCCUUAUAUGCCUAUCCAAGUUACGCCCGUCGCUUCGGAGACCUAGAUCCCUCAACAGGUCAAUACCAGAUUUCCGCAAAAUGGCAAAGCGCAAUGGGCAGCGGUCCUCAGGUCGGUGCCAUUAUUGGUGCCCUCGUGAAUGGAUGGUUGAUACAACGCUUUGGCUUUCGCCCGGCAUUUAUGCUCGGUGUCACACUCAUGACAGCGUUCUGUUUUAUUUCCUUCUUCGGUACGAGUGUCGAGCUCCAGGCGAUUGGACAGAUAUUCUGCGGUAUUCCAUGGGGUAUAUUCGCGACCAUAGGCCCCGCGUACGCUUCCGAGCUGUGUCCUCUUCCUCUUCGUGCGUAUCUCACGGCUUAUGUGAACAUGUGCUUUGCGGCUGGCCAGAUUAUCGGUGCUGGUGUUCUACAAAGCUUCAUUGAUCGGACUGAUGAUUGGGCAUGGCGCAUCCCCUUUGCUCUCCAAUGGAUAUGGAUUCCUAUAUUGUUCACUGCAUCUAUCUUCAUGCCCGAGUCCCCUUGGUAUCUAGUUCGACAGGGCAGAUACGCUGAAGCGGUGAAAACUGCAUCCUCUCUAAUGUCGAAGCACGAAAAGCUACAUGCAAGACAAUUGGUAGCAUUGAUGAUUCAGACAGACAACCUUGAACGCAAUAUCUCAGAAGGAACGCAAUACUGGGAUUGUUUUAAAGGAAUGGACCUCCGUCGUACGGAAAUCGCAUGCGUUACCUUCAUCGGUCAAGUUACUUGUGGAGCUCAAUUUGCAUUUUCAGCUACAUACUUCUUCCAACAGGCUGGUCUCAGUUCUGACGAUUCUUACAAGUUGAAUCUAGGUGGUACCGGUAUUGCCCUUUGCGGUACUCUUAUCUCUUGGUUCAUGAUGAAACGAAUCGGUCGGCGCAGCCUUUACCUGACAGGCAUGGUGUUCAUGAGUAUGUGGCUUCUCAUAAUUGGCGGCUUAGCCGUUGGCGAGAGCAAUUCUUCAGUCAAAUGGGUCCAAUCAGCCCUCUGUCUUGUUUGGCUGCUCACAUUUUCCUUGACUGUCGGCCCGGUAGGCUGGAUCGUUCCAGCAGAAGUUUCAUCCACCCGUUUGAGAUCCAAAACGGUGGUGUUAGCUCGCACUUGCUAUUAUAUAGCACAGAUCAUUGCCAGCCUCAUGCAACCUUACAUGAUGAAUCCGACCAGCUGGAACUGGAGAGGCAAGACUGGCUUCUUCUGGUUUGGCUUUGCGACCAUGACUGCACUGUGGGCGUUUUAUCGCCUUCCAGAGACCCAAGGCCGCAGCUAUGAAGAGCUUGAUGUGAUGUUUAAUACGAAGGUCCCGACGAGAAAGUUCAAGAAUUAUCAUGUGGAUGUCUAUGAGUACGAUGAUGAAAAGGACCUAAAAGAAGUUUAG